UAAUGUCCCCUUCCAUGGCAACUGUAUGGAGGGGUGAAUUUUUAUACAACUUGCCUGUUUAAAUAAUAUUGUUACUAAAGUUCUGCAUUAAUUAAGGGCAUGGAUGUGUUGUGUGUGUGUGUGGGAGUGACAGGUGGGAGGGUCCUACCAUAGGUGAGUAGCCACUAGUAAGCUCUACUGACCCUCCACCUCUUUGCCUAUUUUUGGCAUAGCCAUAGCAGGUGGAGUGAAGGGCUAUCAAGAUGGUGAUGGCCCAGACUUGAGCUUCAGAAAACCAAUGAGUGAUGACACAGAAGGUUUGUCCACCUUUUAUAUAUAGUCACUAUUUACAACUUGUACAGUGUUUUGUCUUCAACAAGUUCUGAGAAGAAACUAGCUGUUAAACUGCGCAAUGUUCCACUCUCUUCAUCAGUUCUAGUUGUCAGCGGUGUCUAUCUGUUUGAUGCUGACCAGUGGGUUUUUCAGAGCUUGUUUGAUGAAAUCAGCUGCCUUCUGCAGCUGGAAACUAGGCUGAUGCCAGUAGAUUCAAGCAAAGCGCAACCCAGCAGUGACAUAGUGUUAUUUUUGUGCACUGAGCCUUUCAACAACAGUUCAGCAGCAAUGAUUUUCACCUCUACGCUUUCCGAACACUUCCUCUAGAAAGUGGUAGUUUAAUCUGUUAGCAUUUAGCUUAGAGGUGUGGAUCACAAGCAAGUUUGACAUGUGCGCCAGCAUCAGUCAGAGCAUCAGCAACAGUGCUGCUGUUGAUUAUGACAUUUUCUUUUGACAUUUAUUGCAGAGCAGCAGAGACCUAGACACAUGACCUCUGGACCCUGAUCAAUAACCAGUCUGAGGAAGUGGAGAGGUUGGCAGCCAUGCGCUCUGAUUCACUGGUACCCGGCACACACACGCCUCCCAUCCGCCGGCGGAGCAGAUUUGCCACCUUGGGACGUCUGUUUAAACCCUGGAAAUGGAGGAAGAAGAAGAGUGAAAAGUUCAAGCAAACGUCUGCUGUGCUGGAGAGGAAGAUGUCCACGCGCCAGAGCAGAGAGGAGCUCAUCAAGAAGGGAGUGCUGAAGGAGGUCUACGACAGAGAUGGCAUGUCCCCAGACGUACGAGAGGAGCUGAAGAUGGAGAAUGGGCGCUCUUCGGUGCUCGGCUCCAGCCUGUCAGAGUCUGAAGCUACUGAGCUGAUGGAGGGAGCAGCUGCAGCUGUAGGCCCCAUGGAGUUUCAGAUGCCCGGUGACAGUGCGUGUCAACAGGACCACGCUCAGAAAUCCAGCCAAGCUCCACUCACGAAGAAGUCCGCCAUGUAUCCAGCAGACAGCGCUGAAUCAAUGCUCUCCAGACCUCUAGUGCUACACAAACAACCUCCUGCGCUACCGCCCAAACCCUUUGCUAGGCUACCUAAUCACAUUACAGAUGGUGCUCCAGUCAAGCUGCCCGGUAUGGCGGUGAAGUUAUCUCCUCCUCUACCUCCAAAGAAGCUCAUGAUGUCUGUACCUACAGGGAGCAUGGAGCCCUCCUCGCUCGCCUUCCAGAGGUGCCCCGCCCCUCCCAGCCACGCUCCAGUGGGUGGCCACUCCCUGCAGUACGGGACGCUCCCUGUUCCCCUCCACCCACCCAGCCGAAUCAUCGAGGAGCUCAACAAGACCCUGGCCCUCACCAUGCAGAGGUUUGAGAGCUCCAUGAUGCACGUUGUUCCCACGGUAAUGAUUGAGUGCGAUGACGACAAAGAGAACCUCCCGAACGAGGCAGACUAUGAGGACCUGCCAGGUAUGUACAAAGACGAGGAGGAGGAGGAGGAGGAGGAGGAAGAGGAGGAGGAGGAGGAGGAAGAUGAGGAUGACACAUUGUUUACAAGCACACUAGCUAUGAAGAUUUUACGAAAAGACUCUCUGGCCAUCAAGCUCAGUAACCGUCCAUCGAAGAGGGAGCUGGAGGAGAAGAACAUCCUGCCGCUGCAAUCGGACCAGGAGAGGCUUGAGUCUCGACAGCAAACGGCCACCAAACUCACCAGGCGGUUGAGUCAAAGGCCGACAGCAGAGGAGCUGGAACAGAGGAACAUACUCAAACCUCGAAACGAUCUGGAAGAGCAGGAGGAGAAGAGAGAGAUCAAGAGACAUUUGUCCAGAAAGCUCAGCCAGAGGCCGACAGUCGAGGAGCUGAGGGAGGCGAAGAUCCUCAUCCGCUUCAGUGACUACGUGGAGGUCGCUGAGGCUCAGGACUACGACAGGAGAGCAGACAAGCCCUGGACCAGGCUCACAGCUGCGGAUAAGGCUGCCAUAAGAAAGGAGCUAAAUGAAUUUAAAAGCACAGAGAUGGAGGUGCAUGAGUCAAGCCGUCACCUGACCAGGUUUCAUCGGCCGUGACCUGGCUCUGUCAGGCCUCGACGACGCACUCCUCCUCCCACAGAAGCCUCAGGCUGCUACAUGCUACCCUGGUAAUGCCGACUUAAAACUGACAGACUGGACUGAACCUGAUGUGUGAGUUUGAGCCAUUACAGGAAACGGGAGCAAAAAAACUUUUUGAUAAGAGUCAAAAUCCCCUCAGUGGGGAAUUUAUAGACUUCUUGAUAUUCAAAAGCUUUUAAUGGUCAUUUUUUUAUGAAGAAGCUGUGGCGAUAUGUCUUCUUUGCUGCACUUUUGUUUUGAAAAAGGCUGUGCCAGUGUCUAGGAUGGGAGCGGCAGGAGGUGAAGAUGGGAGGACUUCUUUUUUUUUUAUAUAAACACAGGGACUGUUUUUGGCUUUCGCUCUCCUUUCUCAACUAAACUCUGUUUUACCUUGGGGACAUGUGUUUGUUGGCAGUUUUAUUCCACAGGUCUCAUCUCACUUUGCCACUGGAAUGAAAAUAUUUACAGCAGCUUCUGCUGUUGUAGGCAGCUGAAUAUUAAGCCAAACUAUUCUAAAAUUUGAUCAUGGUCCCAAAAUCAUCUGAACAAAGCUGGUAACAGUAAAGAAAAAAUCUUAAAAACAAAUUAUCAUCAAUCAACUGAGCAAUAAUUUCAGAUUUUCUCAUUUGUCCAUGUGUUGAGGGGCUGCAUUCAAGAGCUCAGACAGUUUCCUGAUUUCAGGCGCCCAAUUUAAACCAAAGCAACCUGGCUGGCUGUGGAAGUCGUGACCUUGAAUGCAUCCCAGAGUGAGUGCUGUUAAGAGUUCAGUAGCCCGCUGUGUCACUGUGCCUACAGUACUGUUUACAGGGAUCUAAAAUUGCCAAAUUACCUUCUUUCCUUUGAUACAGAAUAAUAACAGGUGUGCCACGGAAAAGUAGCCUGGAGCCCUAAAUACCUAGCUAACACUGGUGUUGGAGGUGGGCUACUUUUCCGUGGCCCACCCUGUAUCUGUGCACAGUCUGCUGAAUUACAUGAAAGUGGUCUUUUUUUUUUUUGUAUUUUAUUGUGCAGUACAAAUUACCCAAACCCAGCCUU